ACAGGUCCUGAGUUGGGGACUCUGGCUGUUUCAGGGGCCGGUGACCUUCAAGGAGGUUGCAGUGUAUUUCACGGAGGAGGAGUGGGCUCUGCUGGACCUAUGUCAGAGAAACCUCUACAUGGAUGUGAUGCAGGAGAAUUAUGAGAAUGUGACCUCGCUGGGAUUUCCCAUUCCCAAACUUGAGGUGAUCUCCCAGCUGGAACAAGGGGAAGAACUGUGGGUCACAGAGCUACAGCGCUGCGUGGAAAGAGAGACCCUGAGAAACCCCAGCCCAGGUGAUGGGUUGGUGGGUGAGAAUGAGGAGAAGAAUCCUGAACAGGAAGAUCCGGAGCAAGUACAACCACAGGGGACUGUACUGGGAAGGUCUGAAGACCAUGUUUCCCAGAGUCUGGAGCAGGGGAAUACCUGUGAGGGUCUGCCCAGACCAGAGAGGCUGCAGGGAAACUACCAAGGGGAGAGACAGAGUAAAUCCACUCUCCGAGAUGGAAGUUUGAAUAACCUGAAUGAAACUGUGAUCCACCCAAGGAUCUGCAUGGAAGAGAAACUGUAUGAAGAUGCUGGAUGCAGGAAAACUUUCAGUGGGAGUCCAAACCUGAUUGUACAUCGAAGAAUCCACAAUGGAGAGAAAAUCUAUAAAUGCCUUGAGUGUGGGAAAAGCUUCAGUCGUAGCUCAAACCUCAUUGCGCAUCAGAGAGUCCAUACAGGAGAGAGACCCUAUAAAUGCCCAGAAUGUGGGAAAAGCUUCAGCCGCGGUUCAAACCUCAUUGCACAUCAGAGCAUCCAUACGGGAGAGAGACCCUAUAAAUGCCCUGAAUGUGGGAAAAGCUUCAGCCGCAGCUCAAACCUCAUAGUACAUCAGAGUGUCCAUACAGGAGAGAGACCCUAUAAAUGCCCCGAGUGUGGGAAAAGCUUCAGUUGUAGCUCACAUCUCAUUGUACAUCAGAGAGUCCAUACAGGAGAGAGACCCUAUAAAUGCCUCGACUGUGGGACAAGCUUCAGUUGUAGCUCACAUCUCAUUGCACAUGAGAGAGUCCAUACCGGGGAGAGACCCUAUAAAUGUCUUGAAUGUGGGAAGAGCUUCAGUUGUAGCUCGCACCUCAUUGCACAUCUGAAUGUCCAUACAGGACAGAGACCCUAUAGAUGCCUCAACUGUGGGAAAAGCUUCAGUGGUAGCUCAAACCUCAUUGCACAUCAGAGAGUCCAUACUGGAGAGAGACCCUAUAAAUGCCCCAAGUGUGGGAAAAGCUUCAGUCGUAGCUCACAUCUCAUUACACAUCAGAAAGUGCACAUGGGAGAGAGACCCUAUAGUUGCCUUGACUGUUGGUAAAGCUUCAGUUACAGCUCAGUCCCUAUUAAACAUCUGAGAACUGACACUCUAGGGAGACCCUAUAAGUGUUCUGUCUGUAGGAAAAGCUACAAGGCAAAGAUUGCUCUAAUAGCCCACAGGAUAGAAGGUGGUGGGAGCUCUCCCUGUGUCCUCCUGCAGCAAAGUGUAAAUGUGGAGGGUCUGGAUAGGAGUAGAAGGCAAGUGGAUGAUUUGGAUUUCGGUGGAGGAUGGUUGGUGUUGGCCAGGGAGGAAGGAAUUCUUGGUACUGAGGAGCUGGUCGUUUUAUAGUCGGAGGGAGCAGGUCAUGGGAUGAGUUGGGUGACAUUUCUGUGGGUUCCACAUACACUUUUGAGUACAGAGAAGAGUUACAGUUUGUGUCAGACUCAUCUCUGCCUCUCGGGACAGAGGUGGGGGGAUGUUAUUCAGAGAAGCAGUGAAGGGGGCCUGUGGGUCUGUAGUUAUAAGGCAGUGAGAGCUGCUGGUCUGAAGUGACAGGAUUUCAGAGCAGUGCUAUCUCUGCAGGCAGUGAGGUGGGCUGGAGCCAGAUGAGGAGGUGAGACCUUUGGGAUAUUGCACUGUUACUAUGUGGGCAGUAUGGUGUAAGCAGGGGAUUAGGAAUCAGGACUCCUGGCUUCUGUU